AUGAAGACGAGAGUUUAUGGUCACUAUGGGAAAUUUCAAGCCUUGGCGAGGCGACAUUUGAAUAAAAAAGACAAUGAGUUAAGCGAUGAGGACAAUUUCACUUCAACUGACGAGGAAGAAACAAGUUUAUCAACAGAUUUAGAUAGAACUUAUGAGACUUCUCCCAUGGCUCCUGUCAGAGAAGAGUAUGUGUCUUCCUCUCAUAAAUACGAGUCAUUUGAAAACCGUGAUUCAAAGACAAUUGAAGCUGAUCCAUUCGAUAUUUUGGAUGGUAUGGGGUCGACAUCUAUGAAGAAGAAACGUAAAGUGACAAGGCUUCAUAAACGAAUAACAGUCGACAAUGACGAUAUGAAAGAUGUUGAAGAAGCUGUUGAUAAUGAUUCUGAGAUUCAUGAGUUUCAAAGUACAAUUGACAGUAUCUCCUCGAUGAUUUCGUCAUUGAAAGACUCCGACGAUGUAAUAUCGACUUAUAGCCAAAUUCAAUGUCUUAAAGUGGUCUCCACUUCAGCAGUGAGCCAGGUGAGAUACGGAAGAACACGUACAUUAUUGAAAAAAGAGUUUCAAAGUGAUGAAGAGCUACAAGAAGAAGCAUCAAAUGUCGAUGAGGAUGAUGAAAAUAAUGAAGGUAUUUUGGAUGCUCAACAUCACAAUACUUCUUUUAAUGAUUCCAAUUCCGUCAUUCACGUUAAUCAAUUAAAAACACUCGGAGAAGGGCUUAAGUUCGAAGAUGAUCUGGAUUUCUUACCAUUCACUACUAGUGAUGAAAAGUUAUUUGUCGUAAAACUGAUUAGCUGUUGUUUACUAUUACUCAACAAUACAGAGUUGACAAGUUAUACUCAAAAGUAUAAAAGCAAUGAAGUAUGGAACUGGUUUUUGCAGCAAAUUAACCCUGAGAACAAUGUCAUGAGUUAUUUACAACUUUGGAUUGCUAAUUUAGUACCACUGCCGCGAAGUGCCCCUCAAUGGCAACAGUUAUCACCUCUCCUAAUGACUUGUUCCUCUCUUACAGAAAAUCCAAAACUUAUUGAGGGUUCAAAGAUUACGAAAUUAAACUACACGGAUUUUGUUCAGCGGGCUGAAACAAAUCCCCAAGAUCUCACAUUUACACUAUGGGAGUUUCACCUAGACCCAAACAGUAAUGAAUUCAGUAAAUUGAUCGAGUCAUUGAAUAAUCCUACGCCAAGGUUAUUUGUUCUGGUUGAACAGCAUUUAGAUAAAUUUAUUACAGAAGAGAUGAUGACAAAUUUAUACCCAAAGAUGUUAUAUUAUUUAUCCUCAUAUAUUGAGGAUAUCUGCACUAUCAAAAUUAUGGUAAAAUUGACUAACCAUGCAUUUUUUCUGAGUCUACUUUCUCCAUUGGAAAAGGUAAAAAUUGUACGUGCUUGUCUCUCAUACAUCAUUAAAGUGAGAGAAAAGAUAGAAUCAGAGCAGGAUACUGACGACAUUGUAAUUCUUCAACUGGGUUUGGUGCUUAAUAUUGUGGCAAAAGAUACAAUCAAGAUCGAAAAUUCCAUAACUCAGCAAAUACAAGACAUGAUCGGACAGUCAAAGAGCGAAAGCUUCCUAAAACAAUUACUGGCAUUAGUAUUUGUACUGCAUACCAAUACUACCGAGUGGAACCAUGAUCUUUCCACCACAGCUUCAAUCACUAAGUUAUUGAAGAAUCUCUCAAACGACAUGAAGGACACCAACGAAACCAUCUAUAACAAUGUCCAAACUGCAUUAACUAUACUGAAGAAGGCAUAA